AUGAAUGAAAUCGCCAACUUCCUUGAUGGUGACAUCACUGACGAAAAAAAUGCCCACAUGCGUGAAGACGUGGCUUACUCACCGACCGACCACGAUCCAAUGUCUGAUGCGACCGUUAGCAAGAUUGAGGAACCAGUUGUGAUUACUACCGAAAAAGUGGUUGUUGAAGCGUCUGAAACAAUAGUUGAAGUAGAAUCAUUAACUGACCCGAAGGAAUUUUCUGUAUUUUCAAAAAUCAAAUCGGUUUUUGCUGGCAUCAGCGAAGACAUAAGGGAGAUUUCUGAGGAACAUAAUCGGCGCUCGGGUCGGCGCGAUGAGGUCGAGUAUUCGAAGACUAAUCCGCCAUAUUCGAUAAAUAACGGAGGGAAGGAACUGCCCCUUAAUCAUCAUACGUCGCCAAUGGAUGCAUAUCACCAUAAUGGCAAAUUUGAAUAUGAUGCACAUAACCUCUUUGGUCAUAUGGAAGCACAGACAACAUAUAGAUCAUUACGUAAAAUCCGUCCAAACAAACGUCCUUUCAUUCUCUCUAG